AUGGUUGAAGGUUUGAAAGAAAAUAAUCUUAAUACAGAAGUUGCAAGACAUUUACUAUGGAAGAGAUACCUGUUUUAUGAUGAGCUUAAUGAGCCUUCAAUAAAGCAUAAGAAUGGAUUAUAUCACCUUCUUACUAUUAAAUUGAAGAUUAGAGCAACUGAUUAUGAUCAAGAGGUCAACCAGACUAAAGAUUACAUGUAUGAUAUUGAAGUACAGUAA